AUGCUCAUAUAUCGCUACCCAGCUUCUGAAAAGAGAAUCAUGUUCGACAUUGUUGUCGGCGGCUCCAUCGGCUUGGGCAUGGGUGCCUACUGGUGGUACGGUCUCCACAUGCCAAAGGUUGAAAAGAAGGACGCUUUCUACGCCGAAUUGAAGGCCAAGAAGCACUUGGAGGACAACUAA